AUGGCGCGCGCUAUGGAAGUUGCACUAGAUACACAACCAGAUACGAAGAAAGAUUUAUCCGGAUUGCACACAUCCGCAGACACCGAACCGGAAACACAUAUGGAAGAUACUUCAACAGGGAAGAUCGCGAAUGUUUCCGCAGGAGCUGAGGAUAGCCCAGUUGCGCCAUUGGAAUUGCCCACCGAUAUUAGUGUGCCGAAGAAUCGCGACAGGAAUCCAGUCAAGUCUGACGAUACCAGUACCAAGGCCCACUCGGAAUCAGAUGAAGAGACCAUCAGUCCUCCCGGUCUCAUAUCCACCAUGGAGAAGCUCAUAGCUGUGCCCAACAACAUACUCAAAGAGCAUUACGGCGAACGCAUUCGCUUCUUGGCCAACCUUGACGAAAACUCCCACACAAUGGUCUGA